UGUGGUGUCCAGCUGCAGUAAUGUAUGGCGGAGCUGGGACACAAAGAUGACCAGCCAACUUCACUGCGGCGUCGACAGAGUUUCACCGGGGCCGUUAGUGCAGCAAAGUUAAAGGCAUAACAGACGGGCUUCAAGUGUCAGGAUGCGAGCUGUAUCUGACAGUUUAUUCCUCAAACAACGAAAUCUCUGGAAUGUACUCGCACAUGCGCAAAACCUAUUUCCGCAGAAGAAGAAGUACGAAGAAGAAAAAGCGGACUUAACCGUGACACCGGUCUUCAAAACACAACCGUAGGAGUCUCUGAAUUGCAGGUUUUGCUACAAUGCCCCUGUCCACCCAGUCUCAGGCUGAGGAUGAACAGUACAUUCUAGUGGCCAGUUUGGAUAAUGCUCGCAAUCUCUCCAACAUACUGAAAGCUAUCACCUUCAAAGACCAUGCCAUCUUCAGUGCCACACCCAACGGCCUGAAGGUCACUGUGGAGGACUCCAAGUGUCUGCAAGCCAAUGCAUUCAUCCAGGCUGAGAUCUUCCAGGAGUUCACCAUAAAGGAAGAUUUGGUGGGUUUUCAGGUCAAUCUCACUGUUUUGUUGGACUGCCUCAAUAUCUUUGGAGGAAGCGCAGCACCAGGAGUAUCAACAGCCUUGCGGAUGUGCUACAGAGGGUAUGGUUACCCUCUGACCUUGUUCCUGGAGGAGGGUGGAGUGGUGACUGUUUGCAAGAUCAACACACAAGAGCCAGAAGAGCCGAUUGACUUUGAUUUCUGCAGCACCAACGUCACAAAUAAGGUGAUCUUGCAGUCAGAGAGCCUGAAAGAACCUUUCUCUGAACUGGAUAUGACCAGCGAGGUGCUACAGAUCACCAUGUCCCCUAACCAGCCAUACUUUAGGUUAUCUACAUUUGGAAACUCUGGAAAUGCUCAUUAUGAUUAUCCCAAAGACUCAGAAAUGAUGGAGUUGUUUCGGUGCACCAAGACACAAACCAACAGGUACAAGAUGUCCCUGCUGAAGCCAUCCACCAAAGCCCUGGCUUUGUCCUGUAAAGUCUCUGUGAGGACAGACAGCAGGGGCUUCCUCUCUCUGCAGUACCUGGUCAGGAACGAGGAUGGACAGAUCUGCUUUGUGGAAUAUUAUUGUUGUCCAGACGAGGAAGUGGAUUGAUUACAGUGCAUCCAUUAAAUUCCACUUUAAAUUAGCUCCGUAACUUCGGUAGUGGUCGGUUGCUUUGAGUGCAAGAACGAGAGGACCAAGUCUGCCAGAGGAGGCAGUACAGCCAGUGGGGUGCACACACACAAAAAAAAAAAAAUGCAGUACUUCUAGUUGGCAUAAUGGAUAAGGGACACAGCGGAGCAUUGCCACUGGACUUGUAGAAAGAUAAUGUCCCCCACCUGGUCUUGCCAUUUACCUGUGUAGUUAUAUCACUAUCAUACAGAGUUCAUUAUUUCAUAGAUUCGUAAGAUGAUUGUAUGUACAGUUACUGUAUGUUGUAUUGUUUGUUCCUAUGGAGACCCAGCUAUUUUGAGUCAGAAGCCCCUCAACAUGUGAACACUGCCUGUAACUUUGUAAGUUCUUUGAGGUUUGCCUACGUACGGUACGUAUCUGAUGUCAUGUUAUCAGAGCAGACAUGGCACACUGAUACUUUUUCCUCAAGGUGUCUAGUGAGGUGUGUGUACGGUAGGUUUACUCUCCACGGGCCUUAGAUUUCUCUGCAGCUCUACACGUACAUCGCCACUUGGCUAUAAUCUGUCCCUGAUGUUGAAUUGUGUGUUCUGACACCUUUCAUGACAUUUGUCUGGAGUAUACAUCAGAUUAUACUGAGAGUAAGUUUGAAUUGUUUUAUUUCCAUGACAUAGAAAACAACUGUAGUCAACCUUAAUAAACAAUUUUUUUUA